AUGGUCUUUACCGUCAAGAACGACUUCUGGGAAGAGCUUAUUGGAAGGGCCCUUUUACAGUGCAAGGAAUGGCAUGAGGACCGUAAUAAUGGCCAGUGCUGUUGGUUACCUCUAUACCGAUCGCUGGAAGACAAGCGGCGAGCAAAGUUUCUUGAUGACGCAGAAUCCGCUUUGUCUUGGAUUGGCACAACAACAUCGCUGCCGGCAGCUCGACUGGACUCCUGGGGAUUGGUGACUCUUGGCUUUGCGGAUGGUGGUACUCUCCGAAUAGUUCAAGAUCGUUCAGGAACCGGUUACCGAGCGACUUUCGAAGCAGAACAUUUUACUCUUGUGAUCCGUCAGGAAAGCCUGAACACAACAAGUGUGGCACACAUAACCCCACAUCAGCACCCACUGCCUAAGCCCGGGAUAUCCGAAGGUGCUUGGAAGACUCUAUAUCGUACGGGCUCUUCCGUCGACAGACACGAUGAUCUUAUUGCUUGGAUCGGAAAUCAACCGAUUAGGCCGCCGCCAAAGCUAGUGGACGGCUCAUGGGACAACAAGAUUGGUAAAGCGAUAUUCGACUAUCAGUUUACCAAAAAUAUGAAGAAGAAACUGCGAUGCGCCAUUUUCAACUGUUACGACGCUUGGGAAGCUAGCCUACACAGCUAUCCGAACGAUCCCUUUCUCACACGACACGCUCGUCCCAUAAUGAAAAAUCUGCGAAAGUUCAAAGUUUUCGUAGAUGGGAGUUGGAGCGAUUAUUGCCAGGAAAUAACAUCAGAAGAAGAUAUUCUUCAUUAUUCUGAAAAGCAGCUGGAGAUCGUCGGGUCGCAUCCAAGCGCAAACGCGGGAUUCGAGGUUGAUAAGCUAAAGUUGGCAUUUGAGCAACAUAAAAUUAUCCUCGCACUACAAAAGCUUCUGCUGCUGUCAGUCCGGAUCCCCGAGCAGUUAAGUACCAAGGGCACGGGUGAAAUGCUGCUGCUAGCGGGACCUGUGGAGCUCUAA